AUGAAAUCAAGAACUCUUGAAGAUUUCGUUGACAGUGUAGCCAAGUUACCUUACUUUGAAGAUACUCCAGUGACACACAUGCAAAUUGUUAACGAUAACAUUCAACUUGUCAAUAUGUGGCUAUCGGCUGAAGAAACGAACGUGCUAGAUAACGCUUUGAUAACUAUGGAACAUCUCUAUCGCAGUGGCUUUGUUCAUAUUCAAUUAAGACGAUUGAUCAACGAAGAAUCAGAAUUUGAGAUCGAGUAUUCAAUCAACAAAACUCAAACCUUGAUCAAGGAAGAUCCUGAAAAUCCAAUCGACGAAAAUGAUGAAUUUCUACAGCCAACAGAGCCAGAGAAAAUUAAAUUUAUCUUGACUAGAUCUGAAGUUGAUGACCAUAAACUUCAGCUGACAUUUUGUAAUGUGGAUCUUUCUGAAGCAAUGAAAUCGAAAAAAAUUUUAUUAAAUGAACAACUGAAACUAUUGAGCACGGUCAACAAUAUCUAUUCAACGAUGAUUCAAUUGGAAAUGGCUGGUCAUCCAGAUUAUCAAUUGAAAGAAGAAACAUUUCAAUUGUCUGAUCGUGCAGGUGAAAUUAGUCGAAUUCUAUCUCGAGUGAAAGAUAAUGAAAAUGAAGAGACCGACAUUUUGAAAAGACUCGCUGAAAGACAAACAGAUCAACUUCAUUUGAUCCAUCAGCAAAUAGUAAUCAACCACAAACUUUGGUUGGAACAUUUGGAAGAAUAUCGAAAGUUGACACGUCUAUUACAAUUGUUCUCCAAUCGUCAAGUGAUGAUAUUGAUCAUUCUGUUGACCAAAUCAACCCCAGAUAAUCGAACGAAAUGGCAUUUCCUGAAAAAGUUACAUUUCAAAAGCGACAAGAAUUUCAAUGAUAAUAGAGAACUUGAAUUAACGAUUAAAUCAUUGAGGCACUAUUUACGUUCAUUGCGUUUGUUUACUUGUGAUCUAUCGGUUGAGAAUAUCCAACGAUUAUAUACCAAACAUCAAAUACCGAAUAGAUCCAGUGGUGAGUCAUGCUUGAAGAAAUUAUCUGCAUUUUUGAAAGAACUUCUUAAUGAUGGAAAAGAAUUAUUUAUCGAGAGAACAACAGUCAAUGACAAUCAGCAGUAUCUAGUUACAUUGACUCAUAAAGAUCAAUCAGUUGAACCAAAUCCAGUCGAUCAUGAUCUUGAUAUGGAAACAUUUUCAAUUCUUGUCAAUAUUCUCAGUCACCGAUUACUAGCAUCGUUUCAAAUCCUUUGGUGUUCUCGUGCAACAGAAGAUGAUAUUCGUUUAUUCUUCACUCGUAUUCAAACAUUCUAUCACCUGACAUUUGUGAUUAUGGACAUUGACAAGAUGCAUCAUCGACUUAGAGAAAUUUUGUUCAAUGAACAGGACAAAUUGACGAAAUCUGAUCGACCACAUGGUGAAGUUUAUUAUUUCUCAAGAGAACUAACAUCAAGGAAAGGAUUACGACCGUACCUUAUAACGCCACAAAUACGAAACUCAAUGGUGGCCAAUAGAAAACUUGACGAGCUAUUUCAAAGUAAUAAUCUAAUCAAGCCACGACUACGUGUGAUCUGCGGAAAGGCUGGUAUCGGUAAGUUGAAUAAACUCGUUUGUGCCAGCAAUGAUGAUCUUUUGCUUUCUUUAGGAAAAACCCAUCGGAUUAAUACUCAGUACAAAACUCCUCAAACUUUGUCUAUAAGCAUUAACGAUCGAUUGAAUUCGACUACAUUAAUCAAUACAUUGCUCUCAUUCGAUUCAACAGAAAAUGAUGAAGAGCCCAAGGUUUAUUUCAACAUUUCGAUUCAUGCUCCAUUCGUUGAACUUAAUCGCACAUUCUUUUCAUUAUUUGUUUGUGGUGCAUUGACGGAUACAGAUAGUGGUUUGGCAUUUUCAUUACCGAAUGACCACCAGUGGACAUUCUUCAUUAAAAUUCCUCAUACAGAUAAAUACAAUCGAAAUAUUAGCGAUAAUUUCAAUAAAAUUCUUCCGUUGCUAUCUUUAUUGAAUUCGAAUAGUUUUGAAGAAGUUACUGAAAACAAUCACAAACUCUGUAUUGGCAAGCAAGAAGAACUUGUGGCGCGAUUCCUGAAAGCGUAUGUAGAUCGAACGAUCAAUCGACUUUACGUCGAAACCAGUGCGAAAAGUGACACUGGAUUACAGUUCACUCGGUUGAAUAAUGAAGAAGAAUGUCGGCGUCAGAUUAACGAUUGCAUGACAAGGAAUGCACCGGAGUUACAACGAAAUAAAAUAUCUGAACUUUCGUUUGUCAAGUUUUUGUAUCGACGUGUUCGAUUUUUUACUGACUCUGGAUUUUACCGUUUCAACGAUAAUGAUGAACAUUUAGGCACAAGAGCGAUGGGACAAAUGAUAGAAGAAGCGAAAAAUCUUUCACAAAUGAAUUUUCAAGGAACCGAUUAUCCUCGAAUGUUCCUCGUUUAUGACCCCGGUUUCUCACUUUAUUUGCUGCAUACUGACUGGGAUCGAGUGUCUCAAAAUUUGAAACAGAUUUUCAAGCUGGGGGAUCCAGCGAAACGAAAAGAUUUUGAAGGAAAAAAUUAUUUUGCCAAAUGUUUAUCUUGGCUUCUAGAUAUUCGAUACGACGAUUUUAUCGAUGUGAUGAACGAAACGAAGUUUAUUCUCACCGAAAACUUCACCUACAAGCUAUUUCAUGUCCAUGAAAGAAAAUUGACGAAGCUUCCUUUGAUUAUUGAAGGUCAUACGGGUGUUGGUAAAACAUUUUUGCUAAAAUUUUAUUCGAUGCUACUGAAUGCAAAGCUUGCAAAGGGUUCUCUCGAUGGGAAAGUAUCGCCACGUAUCCGAGAACGAAUAUGUGUGUGGUUACGUAAGACGGUGAUUGAAGAUAUAGUGGAGAAGAAGCCCCAUCUGUACGAUGCAAUAUUCAGGCAAAUUCAAUCAAAACUAUCUAGAAAUAACGACCAUAUUAAUCAGCCAGAAAUCAAUCUUCCAUUUCAAAACCAGGAUGAAGAGGAGGAUGCCGGCGAUAACAAUCCUGCAGAAGACAAUGAUGGAUUUGAGGUGGGAGAUGCUAUAGAACAAAUAGCUCGUCCUGGUCAAGCAGUCCAGCCAAUAGAUGAUAGGUUUUUGAAAGAGAUCAAAUCUGUACUUUCGAGUCAUGGAUAUGAUAACGAUAAAUUGCGAUUUAUUUGGAAAACGAUUAUCAAUAUUACUCACAACACGGAUUUGGAAACAUGUCACAUAUUAAAUAAAUUACUUUACGAACACGUCACAUUUCAUAUUACAAGUUUUCCUUUAAUGAGUAUGAGCCCUCAACUUGGAAAACUACUCGAUGGGAAUACUCUCAAAGCAUCACCUCUAAACUCGAUCAAGUUAUUUGAUGAAUAUUUGAUGCAUACAAAUACGAAAUCAUUAUUCUAUCGUCUUCUUCUUCAUCCAGGUAUCACAGAAGAACAAUUGGAAGAUUUUAUGAAACCAAUAUGUCAAUUAGCUAAUGAAGUUCCCGAUGUUGAAUUAGUCAUCUUCUUCGAUGAGGUAAACACCUCAUCAUGCCUUGGGUUGUUCAAAGAAAUGUUUAUGGAUGGUACUCUACAUGGAAAUAAUUUGCCUACGAAUAUCUUUUGCACCGCCGCAAUCAACCCAUCGUCAGUAAAACAGGAUGAUGAAAAGGCGGUCCAUCGUAGUGAUUACCUUGUUCAUCAGUUACCACAAGCCCUGGAAAAUCUGAAAAUUUCAUACAGCACAUUAGAAUCGGAUACAUUGAAGGACUACAUUACUAAGAAAAUCGCUACAUUUUCCCUUCCAGGACAACAAUUGACAUCUCUUGAUUUGUACAUUCAAGAAAUGCUCACCGAAUGUAUCUUAAAAGCUCAAGAAUUCUGCGAAGAGUUUCUCGGAAAAAAUUCUGUUUCUCAACGAGAAAUUCAACGAUGUUUCAAUCUGAUCGAAUUCUUUUGGAAGAUGAGAUUCGACGAUGAAACGGUUGAACCUGAUGUAAAACGUUGCAUUGCGUUGGCAUUAGCUUUGACCUAUUACUUUCGACUUCCGACGAAAGAAGAUAAUGACCAGCGAAAUGAUCAGAAAACUCCAUCACGAGAAAUGCUGGCUGGUAUUCUAUCGCGGAAAGUUCCAGAUUUCGUCGAUAUCAUAGAAAGAGAAUUGGUAAACUUUGUCAAUGCAAACAAUUUCCUGAUCCCUCAAGGCGUUGCGAUCAAUCAAGCGGUUCGUGAACAUAUCUUUGGUAUUGUGGUUAGCAUUGUUACUAGAACACCUUUGUGCAUCAUCGGUGCUCCAGGUCAAUCGAAAACACUCUCAUUCCAGAUCGUUCUGCAGAAUCUGCAAGGUCCACAAUUAUCGAAUACAACAUUUUGCAAAAAGUUACCUGCCAUCGAUCCUUUCUUUUGUUUGGGUUCGAAAUACACUCGAUCAGAAGAUAUCGCAUACAUUUUGGAUCGUGCUAUUAAACGUGAACAACACUACGAACAGAAUCGAAUGAAAACGCGAUGCGUUGUGUUCUUGGAUGAAGCGUCACUACCCGACGAGAAGAAAAUGGUUUUGAAAGUAUUACAUCCUUACUUGGAUGAAUGUAAAGUGGCUUUCGUUGCUGUUGCCAAUAAAUCGUUCGAUGCAGCGAAUGCCAAUCGAAUGAUCUGUAUUUAUCGAUCUUUACCAUCGAGAGAAGAUCAACACAUUCUGGCCUAUGGAUGUUUGGGUUUGAAAAUCGAUAAUCAACAGCAGCGAGUCAAUGAUCGUCUGAAAAAGAUUAUUAAUGGUCUUUGUCAAGGUUACCGUCGCUUAUUGAGCACUCAACUUAUUCCACAAAUUUAUCAUGAUCGAGAUUUCAUUUACAUGUUGCGUCAAUUACGCUUCGAAUUAACCACAACAACGGAUGAACAGGAAACACGUGUCGACGGUAUUACACCUCUAAGCCUUCUUCAUGCAUUGGAAGAAAAUUUCAAUGGAAUUUCAAAGGAAAAAUUCGAAGAACUCCUUCAAAUCUUUUUCAAAGCUGUCAAAGAAGAAUGUCCAGAUUUUCGAUUACCGAAUCAACGUCGAAACAUACCAACGAUUCUUCAUCAAUCGAUGAAAUUGGAUUCCGUUCGACGUCGACUCUAUGGACGAUACAAAUUAAUUAUCGAUGAAUCGGAAGAUGAAAGUGCUGUACGUCUAUUGGCGCAGAGUGACGUUCUUGAUCUUGAUCCGAAUAAAAUAGUUGUUUUUCGAAUGUCCGAUUUUCCAGACGAUGUCAACAAUGAAUUACGAAACGUCGAGAUCCUUUCAACGAUCAAAUUAUGUAUGGAAACAGGCAAAACUAUUCUAAUGAUCAAUACUGGACGUAUUCAUGGUUCACUUUACGAUGUUUUCAAUCAAAAUUUCUCGAUCAUGGCCACGGGUGAUAACAGAAAAAUCUGGUCGAAAGUUGCCAUUGGACCAAAAACUAUCGAUGUUGUCGUCCAUGAAGAUUUUCAAUGUAUUGUUCAUAUCAAUCGAAAUGAAUUCAAAGAGAUUCCAGCCCCAUUUCUUAGUCGAUUUCAGAAAUAUUCGUUAUCAAUUAAAGACUUUUAUCAAAUUCGAUGGACUAAACUUUCCAUCGAAGAACAGAAAUUGAUGGAAAACGUCGAACAAAAAGCUCAAUCAUGUAUCGAACAUAUUGGACAACAAUACUUCUAUGGUCUAAGUUCGAAUACACUUUAUUCGUGUUUAUUGGGAUUGAUCGAGAAAAACGAUGAAGAAGAACGUUAUUAUCUCAACAUUCAUCAACAAUACACGCAACUGACAAUAAAAUCAAAAUCCGUGAUCGAACAGAAUCUAACUAACACUUUUCAAUGUCUUUUACGAUCGAUUCUAUCGAGAUUGAUGCAAUUGAUCUCUCCAGAAUCCAUCAUUUUGAAAUUACCAACGUUCGAAGAUCAAGUAUCACGCUGGAUCUGUACGAAUUACUUUGAAAAUCAAGAACAUUUCAGUCUUGAAAAUUUUCUCCGAACUUUAACUACAUCACCAAUAUCAACAAUGGAUGUUUUACAUUUGGAAAAUUUUGACGAUCGACCAAACGAAAUAGUGCGUUCAAUAACUAAAGUGAUGAUAUUUACACGAACAUCGUCUCAUAUCACCAGUCUCAAUCAACAAACUAAACGUGAAUUAUUUUCAUCUUUGAAAGAAGAUGAUUUAAAUCUUUUCAGUGACAAAGUUGAUAUUCUCAAUCUGUCGAUCAUGGAAAAUUCUGCUGAGUUAGAAGAACAGUUUACAAAAUAUGAAAAUAAUGCUGAGAAAAAUUUGCUGCUAAUCGUAAUCAACGGCCGUACCAAUCAACAACGUUUACAUAUUCCAUACGUUCGACAAUUAAUUGACAAAGUUGAUUAUCGAUGUAAUUCAGAAAAGCAAUAUAAUUUCAAAUAUUUUCUUCUACUCGUACAUUCACCACCACAGACAAUUUAUCAUCAAUCAUCAUUUCCAUCGAUAUUUCUAGAUCGUUGGGAUUUUCAUUUCUUCGAUACAUGUUUGUCAAACAAUUCAUUUUAUAUAAAGAAUUUCAUACAAAUUCUCACUUCAUCUUACGAGAACAGAGUACAUCAAAACGAUAAUCAGAUACUUUGUGAUUACAAUGUUUUGUUUGACGAUUGCCUCUGGGAUUUUUGUUUUCGAAUUCAAAUUGUUGUUCAACAAUUACCAAGAGAUUUAUUCGAAAAUCGAUGUGCUUAUGAAUUUUAUCAACGUCAAACGAGUACAUUUCGACGUGUCCAAUGUUUGAAAGAAGUUCUUAGACAAUGUAGCGAAUUACAAAAACGAAUUGUCGACAAAUAUCAAACUUAUUUAUCGUUAAAAAAGAAUGCAUCAAAAAAAAUCUACACAUUGAUCUAUCAACUUUCCAAAGAUAUUCUUUGUGGAAAACGUUUUGACGGUCUUGUUGAUUCGAUUCAAUCUCAAACUCGACUUUCGUUCAACAACUUUGUAUGCAAUAUUCUCAAACACAUCGUUAAUGAUUAUGGAUUAGAAACUUUACCGAAACUUUCAAACAUCAAUGAUGGGUAUGAUACUAUGUUAAAUCUAAUUGAUCAUGUAUCAACAUCAAAUGAACAAGAAAACGAUUUACUUUCAACGAACACUCAAACUGUUUUUCAAUUGGUGACACAUUACGCAUGUAUUCCUCAAACACCACUCUAUCAUCUUUUUCAUCAACGAAUCAAAUCCUAUUCGGAUGAAAUUAAAAUGCGACUCAUUGAAAAAACAGCCGAGCAAAAACGUAAUUUAGCCACUGAAAAUGAUCUCAAAGAACAUUACUAUGCAGUACCUGAUGAUGAUGAAAUGAAUAAUGCGAAUGAAAAUGAACAUACUAUCGAAGAAUUUCGAUUUGAAUUGAUCAAAGCGAUUGAAAAAGAUUUGAUUUUAAUGAAAAUUGUCAACAAAUCCGUUCUGAAAACAUAUUCAAACGAUUUAGUUCAAACAUUUUGUACGAUUGUUGAGAAAAAUUUCACUGAUGAUCGUGUCAAAUGUCAAAAAUCAAUUGAAUUCGUCUCUCGAUGGUUAUGUUUAGUCGAUGAAAAUGAACAACGAGUAUUAGGUGAAUAUCGUCAUGAAGAUAUCUGGCGAUUGGCUCAUGUGUACACAUCAUUCGAAUACGAUCGAAAUGAUUUAUUUUCUUUGUAUUCAGCAUGCCGAAUAAUGGAUCGUCUUGAUCAAACUCAAACAUUUUAUCAUCAAUUGUUUGAUAAUGAUAAUUCAACAAGAAGUCUCGUUCGUGAAUGUUUAUUUCGACGAAUGUUUGAUGAUCUAUGGAAAAAUCUUUCUGAUAUACGUUCCAAUGAUCAAACUAAAGAAACAUGGAUUUUGUGUUAUACAAUGAUAUCGAAAUAUUAUCCAUCUAGUAAAGUUCUUCAGCAAACACAAUUGAUCGAUAUUAAAUCUCAUAUUGAAUUUAUGAACUUGGCUCAUUUUAUUCUUCUGAAUGAAAAUUUGACAAAACCUGAAGAACUUGUGACCAAAUUACUUCAACAAUUCGAAUUUCUUCAACAGAAUGAGCUAAACUAUCAUGGUGGACAACAAAAAUCACCCUAUAUCAAAAGGUAUUCAUCGAUUGUUGGAACCGUCAACGAAUAUAUCGAAGAAAAGAAUCUUCCAAAAUCAACGUUAAUGAUCGAUGUUCAACAAUGGAUAAUUUCAAUUUUAAAAGCAACUGAUACAUCGUAUAGUGAAGAAAUAUUUUCAUUAUUUAAAUAUUUAAAUCAACCAAUUUGUCCGUUGGCAUUGACGAUAAAAGAAUUUCUUUUUGAUGAAUUGGCGAAUAUUUAUCUCAAAUAUGUACAGCGAAAUCAAAUGAUUAAAGAUACAUGGGACCGUAUUCUUCUUCUUCCAACAAUGAUUCGAUGUGCAUCUGACGGAAACUCACUUGAAAACUAUCGUUUACCAUAUCAUCCAUCAGUGAUCAAUCACGGAAAUACUCGAUCGACAUUGCUCGAUCUUUUCUUUUCUCAUUUAAAACGUUUGAUGACUAAUGAAGUAGCUCAUUGUACAUUGAUCAAUAAAAUCAUACAAUCGACCGCUCCAACUAUUGAGAUUCGUCAACUUCAACCGUCAGUCGAGGCUGUUUUUCGACAAAUAAAAGAAUAUUUUCUCGUUCAACUGACACCUCUUCUUCUUUGUCAAACCGAUCGGUCAGUUGAAGAUCAACCUGAUGUCAAUCGUAUUCUUUUGUAUAUGAUCAAUAAUUAUCUAUCGAUUCAAAACAAUGCAACAAAAUUAAGUGAGCCUCUUCAAAAUUUUCUUUCGAUAAUCGUUUCUAAAUUUUCAUGGAAUCAUCUCUUAAAAAUGCUUAAAUCAGAUGAUGUUCAACAACAGAAUCAACAGUGGUCAGUGAUUUUAUCUCGAUUUUUUGAGAAUGAACAAGUAAUACCAGCAAAGAAAUCUUCAUUACAGAUGAGUCAUCAACUAGGAUUCACAUUAGCAUCACACGAUGAACAAUCAAUCUUUCCUCAUCUUCCACAAUCUUACACAGAAUUGAAAAGAAUUAUUGAUCAAUGUGUCAAUCAAAACAAUGGUGAACAACGCUGGAAACCAUUUAUAGAUUGGAUUACUUUGAAUUGUCAAGGAAAUCCACCAAAACUUCAACCUAACGAAAUCAGAGUGAUCAUUUUAUUAAAUAUUUACUACGAAUAUUUUUGUCAAGAUCGAUUGACAUUGAUUGAUUCAUUGUUGCCGAUUAUUGAAAGAAAUUUAGAUCUUUCAGUAGAAGAAAGACUCGUUUUUCGAGCUCUCAGUCAACCCGAACAAUCAAUGAUUGGUUAUCCAAAAAAUCAACAAGAUGAAAGAAAUACAUUGAAUAAUUUCUUUACUCGUCAAUGUCAAAAUGAAGACGAACUUCGAAUUCGUCAUUGUUUAGUCAAUCUGAUGGCGAUGAUUCUUCUCGGUGGGAAACAAAGUUUUCUCUGGACAUUUGCGUUUCAACCAUUAACUUUAGCACACACUCACGGUUUUGGUACAACGGCUCAUGCACCAAUUGAAGAACAUGGAGUUCAUUAUGAUUGCGGCUGCAUCAUCGAUGAAAAGGGUGAUUUGCUUCAAUUUUCAGGAGGAGCGAGUCCAUUGAAUGUACCAGGAAUCUAUGUGACGUAUUUUUCAACUUUCGGAGCCAUGGCGUGGCAUUUAUUAUUAUACGAAGAUUCAGUGAGAAAUUUGCAUGGGCCUGUCUUAGCAAAACACGCCGUUGGUGCCAUGUCGAAUGAGUGUCGAAUGGAGGGCAACCUGGAGCGAACAAAAGUGUGCCAUUUUGUUUGUGCUCGUCUUUUAUCGACUUAUCAUUUUCUUUGCACGCGUUUCAACCAAGAUGAUACAUGUAUAUUGAUUAAUCGUUGUUCAGAGAAAAUGGCAUAUUUAACUCUUCGUCAACAACAGUGGAUUAAACCUGUUUAUACAACAUAUGAUGAUCAAUUCACUGCUGAAAGCCAAUAUCAACAACACGUCUUCUAUUUUAUUCUUCAAAAAUUACCCGAUUACAAAGCUCAAAUCAAUCAAUUAAGUUUACAAACAGAGAUUCAAGUAAACUUACAAGUCUAUAUCGAUCAAAUCCCAAUUGUUGUUAAUUAUGAACAUUUCAAAACUGAACUUCAUAAUCCAAACAAUUUCUCGUUAUCAUUAAAUAUUUUACGACGUAUUCUAAGUUCUACUGGUUUUCUCGAAAUGACUCGAACGAUUUAUGAUUUAAGUCACUUUUAUCUUCUUCUACAUCAAACUUACAGUUUUUUGAUUGAACGAGAAGAAUUCUAUCAAAUAACGUUGAAAGAUUUAUCAAAACGUGCUGAACAAAAUUCAAAUAUUGUCGAUCAGCGUCUUCGUACACAACAUCAUUCGAUCAUUGAUAAUGGACUAAAAGCUAUCAAUUUAUAUCAUACAUUUGCUGAUGGAUUGAUUCAACCAGGAGCUUGUGAUGAAACUCAACGCUUUAAUAAGGUUUCAAUUGAAACACCAAUUCAUUAUUUAGUAACGAAUGAAAAUCAUGACGAAGGUGAUAUUGUCAUGAGAAUUCUAAGUGUUCUUGCUGAUUAUCACAAUGGCCUAUUGGAUUUGUUAGAAAAAGAAUUGAAGAAUGAUCCUAAUGAUCGUAUGACUGUUCUCAAGAGUUUAGUUUAUGAUAUAGUUUCGAAAGAUGUUUCAAUUUUACAAAUCGCUCGUGAUAAUACAGGUGUUAUCACACUUACAGCAAAUGAUGUUUUAUGGUUAUCGAAAUUAUCUCGUGCUAGUUUAACUAUUGAUACAGAAAAUUUCUUUGAAAUCAAAGAAAAUUUGUUGAAAUUCGAUUUUCGUUAUAUUCAAUCUUUUAUCAUUCGAACACAUUUGUUAUUAUGUCGAAUCAAUUUUCGUCAUAUCGUUCAGAAAUAUCAAUGUUAUAGACGAAAGAAUCAAACGAACAACAAAUUUGAAAUGAUUGAACUUGAUGAAAAUUAUUCGAAAGAAAUUGAUCGAGAUAAAUUAGAAACUGAAUGGAAUCAUCUAAAAGAUAUGUUAGUCGAUAAACUUACCAAUGGUUAUAAACUUCUUCAACAAAUAAUGUUAUUAAUUAAAUCCAAUGAUCAAAAUCUUUCACAUUUAAGUCUCAAUGAAUUUUUAGAUAUUCACGCUGAUCAAACUAUUCGAGAACAAUGUGAACUCUAUGAAAUACGAAAUUUUCAAUUAUGUUAUUUGAAUCAUAUUCAAGAAUUGUAUUCUAAUGCCAUUAAUGAUUUUCAAUAUUUGUUUACUGAUGUUCCUCAUCUAUUACGAACUCCAAUCAAUGAUCAAUUAAAUGAAAAAUUAAAACAAGCGAUCAAAGUCAAUUUAAUUGACAUAGAAUAUAAUGAUCAUGUUGAGAAGUUAAAAUCAACAAUUCACAUGAUAAGUGAAUUUCUUAAUGACUUACGUGGGAUUGAAGUUUCUCUAUUUGAGCAAUCGACACAAUCAUUACCAAAAACAUGUGAAUAUAUGGCGAUAGACAAUCCAAUUUUAUCAUGGAUCCCUUCUGAAAUUCGUUGUGAAAAUUAUAUUUCAUUAAGUAUUCAUUUGAUUCGGUGUCGAUCGAUUCUUCAAGAGAAAUUGGUUAAUAUUCAAGAAAAACAAAAUAUUCUAUGGGUAGAAGAAAUCGAUGAAAAUCAAAAUCCAACUGAAUCGAAGAAUACAUUUCUUAAUUAUUUGAACAGCAAAGAAGAUAAUUCACAAGAUGAAUUAGUCAAUAAUCUGAUUGGAGGAGAUGGAUUCAAUCUUCCACCAACAACGAUGAAUGGCAAUUAUCAUUGGGAUUCUGUUAAUCAUUUACUUGAUCAAGAUGAUCAAAAACCAAUGAAAACAACAAUUGAUAAUCAACAAAUGAAACAAGAUGAGAUCAUCAACGAUGAAAAAAUUGAUUGUCCAGCUUUGUAUACGAUGCAACUUAAAUCUCUUCCAUUCGAAUCAUCACCUUGGUUUGAUCUAUUAAAUCAAUUGAAAACUCCAGACGGUGAAGAAGAGAAAAAGGCCAAAUCCGUCAGUAUCAUUCAUCCAGAUGAAAAAAAGAGUUCUCAUCUGUUGAAAAAGGAAAAACUUUUUGAACAAUUCCAAAAAAUAUUCAAAGAUAAAGGUUAUUCAUGCGAAACAUUGAUACCAGUCGAUAAAUAUCACAUUGGUCUCGAUCUGAAGGACGAUAAUCCAUCACUUCCACCCGAUUUUCCAUUGGAAUAUUCGAUUCUUCAAAGAACAUCUUUAAUACAAGUUAAAGUUGAAUAUGAAGAAAAAUCGGUUGAUUAUUUCACCAAAUCGGAAUUUAAUGAUCAAGAGAAGAGAAAAGUUCGUCUAAUUCUCACUGAAGAAAAUCGAUCGACUUCGUUCAACGAAAUUCACUAUCGAACUGCUCAAGACGAAGAGAAAAUAAUUUUACUUCACCCAAAUACAGUAUGGCAGAAUUUGGAUAAUUGGUUUCGAGAACAACCUGUAGCGAAAAAUCUUGGCAAAGGAUAUUUCAGUUAUUUUCUUAAGGAACAGAACAGCAUUGUCGAUGAAACAGAUAAAAUUUCCUCGACAGUCGAACCGAUUACAAUCGAUGUGAUUAGUCGAGAUUCAACAAUGAAUGUAAAAAUUUCUUAUGAAAAUCAAUUCGAAAAAAUUUGUGUGUUAAAAGCAACGAAAAUCAAUCAACUGUUGAACAACCAAAAUCUUUUACCAAAAUUGAAUUUAAAUGCCAAUUCUCUUCGUGAUUGUGUUUUAGCUAUAGGAGAGAAUCCCGAUCAAAGACUGUCAAACGAAGAUACACAUAAAUCGAUCGGAGAAUUUUCUGUUGAUGAUCAACAAGUCGUGGAAUUUCGUAUUGCUCUUCUCAUUCAAAUUUUAACUUUAAACAACAAUGAGAAACCUGAAGAAGUUCUUCUAUUCAACAGAAAAGUGACGAUCGAAGAAUUAUUUCGAAUUUCUAAAGGAUCUGAACGUGGUUACAAAUAUCUAGCGUCAUAUAAUACGAAGAAAAUCAUUGAUUUUCAUCAACUAUUGUCUGAUGUGAAUGAAACAAGAUUUCUGUUGAUGAAAGAAGAUCAAUUUUGUUCGGUUCAUAUUCGAAGAUCGUCUGAAAAUCAAUUAAUUUCGAUCGAUGGCGGUGAAAUGACCAGCAAACAAGAUUUUGCAUCAUCUGCCACCAUCGCUGAUGUUUACAAAGCAAAUAACAUAAACAAUCAAAACGAAUAUCUUCUGUUUGGAAAGGAUUUUCUUCCAUCGAUGGAAACUUCAUUAUCAGUCUUCGUAUCAACAUCACCGAUUGAAUUCGAUGUGAGCAAUGAAGAGCUACCAAUACAUUUUAUCGUUGAAAACAGUAUCGACAAACAAACUAUCAACUAUCGUAGUUCAUCUCAAACACAAUUCAAUCGUUUGUGCUCGAUCGCAUGUCAACUCAUGCAUUUGAAUCCAAAAUUUUAUCAACUGAUGUACAAUGGAACAGAAUUAUCAGAUGAUGAACUGUGUUUGGAUGAUCUUGAAACUGUUCCAAAUGAAGUUAAAUUAGAAUUGAUUUGCAUUUCCCCUUUAAAAGCCUCAAUUAAGUUUGAACAAGUGGAAGUUUUGAUUCCAUGCACUGAGGAAACUUUGGCAUUAGAGUUGACUGAAGAAGCUUUGUUAAAAUUGAACUUUUUAAAAAGCGAUUUGUCUCAAUUUGAAUUAUUUGCUCUUGCUGAUCAAGAAACACAAGUCGAAAUGGAUUAUAAAAUUGAAGAUGUUCGUGAAAUCUUUCCUGGAAAUACUGAAACGAUGAAACUCGAACUUAGAAAGAAGAGUUAA